UUAAAAUAUCAUCAAAUGGAUCGACUGGCAUCUUUUGGAAAUGACCCUUUCGAUAAACCACCAUGCAGAGGCUGUUCAUCUUAUCUUACUGAGCCUUAUAUUAAGUGUGCAGAAUGUGGACCCUCUCCUUUUUUGCUAUGUCUUCAGUGUUUCACCAGAGGAUUUGAGUACAAGAAGCAUCAGAGUGACCAUAAAUAUGAAAUAAUGACUUCAGACUUUCCUGUACUGGAGCCGGGAUGGACAGCACAGGAAGAAAUGGCCCUGUUGGAAGCAGUAAUGGAUUGUGGCUUUGGAAACUGGCAGGACGUAGCAUAUCAGAUGCGCAGUAAAACGAAAGAGGAAUGUGAAAGCCACUACAUGAAGAAUUUCAUCAAUAAUCCACUCUUCUCCUCCACCUUGCUUAGCCUGAAGAAAACAAAAGACUCUCGUUUUGCAGACGGUGCUAUUCCUUUCAAACCCACUGAUGACCCCCCUCGACCUACAUUUGACUCUGUACUUUCACGAGAUAUGGCUGGAUACAUGCCUGCAAGAGCAGACUUCAUGGAGGAGUUCGACAACUAUGCAGAAUGGGAUUUGAAGGAUAUUGAUUUUGUGGAUGAUGACUCAGAUGUCUUACGUGCACUAAAGCUUGCAGUUGUUGAUAUCUAUCAUUCAAGAUUAAAGGAGAGACAACGAAGGAAAAAGAUUAUCCGAGACCAUGGACUGAUCAACUUGCGGAAAUUUCAAAGUGCUGGAGCGAUGCACCCAAAGGAGGUGCAGGAGAUGUACGAUGUCAUGAGACGAUGUUGCCGAGUGGUGGGACCAGGUGCCGACAAAUUCAUCGAAAGUCACGCAUUGGAGUUCGAGCUGAGGAGAGAGAUCCGUCGGCUGCAGGAGUACAGGAAAGCAGGGAUCAAGUCUUUCUGCAGUGCCAAGGUGUAUGAGCGGGUGAAGCGAAUGCGAGAGGAUGAGCGAAGGAAGAGGACCAUGCUGUGUGACGUGCUGCAGUACAUCCAGGAUGGCAGAGCUUGCCAGCAGUGGCUCAGCAAACAGGCUGCAAUAGAUGCUGGCAUUACUCCAGCUGUCACAAUGAUCACAGUGUCAGCAACAGGUAGGAGGAGCGCCCCCCCUCUUAACCUGACUGGGCUGCCAGGAACCGAGAAGCUCAAUGAGCGGGAGAAAGAGUUAUGCCAGGUGGUGCGGUUGGUGCCGGGGGCCUACCUGGAAUAUAAGCAGGCCUUGCUUAAUGAGUGCAGACGGCAAGGUGGACUGCGGCUGGCCCAGGCCAGAGCACUGAUCAAAAUCGAUGUCAACAAGACACGAAAAAUCUAUGAUUUCUUAAUCAAGGAGGGCUACAUCACUAAGGCCUAGGAGACCACAAAGGACUUUAGUUGUGGUUAGUUGUCUAAUAUAUGCUCAUUAUGUAACAGUGUUUUUAAUAGAUCCAAUUCAUUGCUGCUCAUUUGAAGUAUGUUGAAAAUUUUCAUUUGUUAAGUUCUUUUGUGUAUUUGAGUCUGAGUAUUAAAAGUAACAAAUCUCUGUCGCCUAGACCAGAGACCAUAUCAUGAAUGUGUUUCUUCUGUUACGAAUGUUUUUUUUUAUUUUUUAAAUAACAGGUAUUUUAAUCAUUAGCUCUAUUCAAACUGGUAGGUUUUGCUAGCUCUUGUUUCCACAGGAUCAUGAUGACAACAGUUACUAGUGAACUCCCAAAAUAUUGAUCCUCUAUAGUGCUACAGAUAGAAAAUGACGAUGAUGAUAAAUUUUAUUUCAGACACAAGAAAGAACAAAAUCAUUAAAGUAAAUAAAAGGAAAAGGAAAAAACACAACUUUAAAAGGAACAAUAGAACACUUCAAAACUUGUCUUUCUCACUUGUCAUUUGCUCUGAUCAGUGAGUCCUUACUACAUAGAUUAGCAUUAGCCACUGAACAUAGGGAAGACCUGCAGACUGAUGGGUGGUCUUUUCAGUGUUUUUGAACACAGUUUCGUAGUUUCACUGACUCGAUCCAUUCGGACUCUUCCAUGGGCACAUGGGUCUGGUGUGACAUGGGAGAACUGUUAUGAUAAUUACGCAGGCAGGCAUCAGGCCACCGGCCUCUGACAGGCUUAUCAGAGCAGAGAGCAGCCGCAGCUCCAACCUCAGCUAACAGCCUGAUUAGAACAGCAGAUUCACCCUUUGAUGAUAAGGGCAUGACGGCCGUGGAGGAGCGUCUGAACUGAAAUGCAGGGAUUGAAUCUGGAUUUACAAGGAUGUGAAAGAAGAAAUUUACUGCUCCGUGUGUCUUAUCAAAUCAAAAUUUCUAAACAAACGAGAAGCAACAGAGUGAAACUGCAGCUUUCACUUUUAGUCAUUUCACAGGACACAGUUUUCCUCAUGUCACACUUGAUGUCUUUACCCGUGCCUUUCCAUAAACUCAUCUGUGAU